AACACAUUACCACUACACAUGGUCUAAUAGUGUUGCAAGAAUCACUAACUCACUCACUCCCAUGCAGGUGACCGAUCGAGUGAUGUUUCAAAUCAAUCAGAAAGAAAGAAUCAUAAUAAUUAGGGUUUAAAUAAUGUGGUCGUCGUUCUUCUUAUUAUUAUGUGUAAUUCUGAGAGUGAGAGUUUCAGAAUCAUCAUCAAAAGCUUACAGAAGAGAUCCCGGUCAUCCUCAAUGGCACCACAGUGCUUUCCAAGAUGUCAAGGAUAUUGUCCGAUCUGAUGUUCAUCAUAUGCUCCAUUCGAGGGCCCAGGUUCCCUUUCAAGUUCCGCUUGAAGUAAAUGUUAUCCUCAUAGGUUUUAGCGGAGAUGGAGGCUAUAGAUACUCACUAGAUUCUCAAAAGUUGCAAGACUUUCUUCAACUUAGCUUCCCUACUCACAGGCCCUCGUGUUUGGAGACCGGCGAGCCCCUAGAUAUUGAGCAUCACAUGGUGUUUAAUGCAGUCCCAGCUGCACAGCCAGACGUGAUAGCAUUAGAAAAGGCUCUAAAAGCAGCCAUGGUUCCUGCUGGUACUGCCAGAGAGGCUGAUUUUGGAAGGGAAGUACCAGCAUUCGAGAUUGACGCGGCAGCUGUAGAGCCUGAAUUUCAGAAGUUAUAUUCCUACCUGUUUUACUAUGAGAAAUUUGGAUAUUCUGCUCAAGAGAUUGACAGACCUGUUCCAUCUGCAAUAUUUAUCGCCAAUUUUGAUAAAGUUAGAAUGGAUCCUAGGAACAAGGAUAUUGAUCUUGAUAGUUUAAUGUAUGGAAAACCAGCUAGUAGAUUAACUGAAGAAGAUAUUAAGAAACAAGAGGGUGGUUACAUUUAUCGUUACCGUUAUAAUGGAGGUGGAGCAUCUCAAAUUUGGCUUGCUUCUGGCAGGUUUGUGGUAGUUGAUAUCUCAGCGGGCCCAUGCACAUACGGGAGACUUGAAACAGAAGAGGGAAGUGUUAGUCCAAAAACCAUACCACGCUUGAGGAAUGUGUUGUAUCCUAAAGGCUCCACUGCUGACAAGUUUACCACACGUGACAACUUUGUGGGCCAACUUGCUGCCUUGAUUGGGAUCAUAACUCAGCAUCUAGUUUCUCCAGAUGUCAGGUUUGUAACUGUAGAUCUAGCAAUGAGGUUACUUGUACCAAUCAUCUUCCUACAAAAUCACAAUCAUUAUAACAUCAUGGAAAAAGGCCACAACUGCAGUAUAGAUAUUCAAGCCAUUGAGGAUGAGGUUAAGAGCAUGGUGCACAAGGGAGAAGAAGUCGUGACUGUAGCGGGUUCACAUUCAUUACAUCUUCACGAAAAAUUGGCAAUUGCUGUUUCGAAAGCCAUGCGCGGUCAUUCCCUGCAGGAAACCAAGAAGGACGGACGUUUCCAUGUGCACACAAAGAUGUAUUUGGAUGGUGCCAUCCUUAAAGAGGAAAUGGACAGAUCUGCUGAUGUACUAGCUGCUGGGUUACUUGAGGUCUCGGAUCCAUCGCUUUCUAAUAAAUUUUUUAUGCGCCAGGCAUGGAUGGAUGGUCCAGCUGAUUCAUAUCUGAAGCACAAACCUUACAACUCUAAAACGAGGAGACAGAAAAAUAAAAAAGUGCAGAAGAAACUAGGGGACCUGCAGCGGACUUAUGGAACGAGAGUGGUUCCUGUCUUUGUUUUAUCAUUAGCUGGUGUGGAUCCACACCUUAUGAUGGAAGACGAAAGCCUUUUGUGGACAAGUAAUGAUGUUGUUAUUGUACUUGAGCAUGGAACUGAAAAGAUACCUUUAAGUUACGUCUCAGAAACAGAAAAAAUACAUGUUUUUCCAUCAGAAGUGCAGCGUCAAAUAGUGGCGGGAUUAGCUUCUGUUGUGGGUGGAUUGAGUGCACCAUAUGAAAGGGUUUCUCAUAUUCAUGAAAGACCUGUCGUAAAUUGGCUCCUUGCAGCUGGUUGCCAUCCAUUUGGACCAUUUUCUAACGUUUCCAAGCUUAGUCAACUACUUCGGGAUGCUGCAUUGCGAAAUACAAUAUAUGCACGUGUAGAUUCUGCUCUUCAUAAGAUUCGAGAGAUAUCAAAGUCUGUUGAAGCUUUUGCUGGGGAGUUUCUUAGAACCCCUCUUGGGGAACCAGUGAAGGGUAAGAAGAACAAGACGAGCGCUCAACUAUGGCUCGAAAAGUUGUACAAAAAAGAAACCAAUUUACCUGAACCUUUUCCUCAUGAGCUAGUUGACCGUCUUGAGACAUACUUGGAUAGCCUUGAAGAAGAGCUUGUAGAUUUAUCUUCUCUUUUGUAUGAUCAUCGGCUACAAGAGGCAUACAUGAACAGUAGCGAUAUUCUUGAAACCUCGAUUCUGACACAGCAGUAUGUUGAUCAUGUACUGGAGAAUGAAAGGGAACGGAUGAAAUGUUGCAGUAUCGAGUAUAUUCAAACAACAAUGUCGUCGUCUAAUCAAAGUCUGUUUUAUGCAGUGAUUCUUCUUGCAGGUUUCUUUGCGUAUUUUGUUGUCAUUUUCUUUUCAUGUCUUGUCAAGUGAUCGAUUACACCCCAACAGUUUAAUAAAAUUUGAUGCAUGGGUGGUUGUGUUGUGAUGAA